AUGGAAAGCACUGAUUCACCAAAAUCCACUCGUCGAACUUCUACAAUACGUUUUGUUGCUGAUCCUGAGGCUAAAAGACGAAGUCGACGUGCAUCAAAAUCACGGACAAAUAAUACCACAAAUCGGCGUCCAUGUAUUAAGGAUCCGUAUAUUUCUGAUCUUGUGAAUGUCCGAAGUUUGAUUAAUAUUCGAUCGAUAUGUUCUCAAAAAGAGCAAGAAAACAAAAAAUCUUCAUUAAAUGGUCGCAUUAGAAUAAAUGUAUGUGGUGAUCGUUUUGAAACAAAUCGAAAAACUCUUGACAUUUAUCCAGAUACAUUACUUGGAAAUGAGAAACAACGUAAAUAUUACUAUGAUGGAACUCGUAAUGAAUAUUUUUUUGAUCGUCAUCGUGCAUGUUUUGGAGCUAUACUUUAUUAUUAUCAAUCACAUGGUCGUUUAAGGCGACCAGAUCAUGUUCCACUUGAUGUAUUUCUUGAAGAAGUUCUUUUUUUUCAAUUAGGACGAGAAGCUUUUAAUCAAAUACGAAACGAUGAAAAUAUAACAGUAAUUACAAAAUUACGUUUACCAAAAAAUCCUAUUCGAAGAUAUCUAUGGGCAUUAACAGAAUAUCCAGAUUAUUCAAGAAUGGCAAAAUUUGUUCAUAUGAUAUCUAUACUUAUGGUUCUUAUGUUAACAAUUGUUCUUACUGUCGAAACAUUACCACAAUAUGCUGAUGUACAUAAUUUACAUUGUAAAACACAACGUAAUAUAACAACUACUAUUUAUAUGAAUAAUAGAACAGAUCAAAACUCUUCUGAAGAUUUGAAUGUUUGUUAUACAUAUUUUACAUCACCUUUCUUUCUUAUUCAAUCUAUUUGUGUUGGUUAUUUUACAAUUGAAUUUUUAAUUCGUAUAUUAACUACACCUUCGUUACUUGAUUUUAUAAAAAAUCUAAUGAAUUGGAUUGAUCUAAUAGCUAUAAUACCUUUUUAUAUUACACUUGGUAUUUAUUUAACCGAUCAAGAAGAAGAAAUUGAUACACAUACUUAUGCUGGUCUUCGAUUUUUACUUAUAAUUCGUUUAUUACAAGUUUUUAAAUUUGUUCGAGUAUUUAAAAAUAUGAGAUCUUUACAUGUAUUUGUAACAACAAUAAGACAAUCAUUUCUUGAUUUUUUCAUAAUGAUUAUUGUAAUGACUGCUAUUGGAUUUCUUUUUGGUGCUACUGCUUAUUAUGCUGAAAAUAGUUCACAAAGUGAAAAAUUUAAUUCAAUUUUUACGGCAACUUAUUGGGGAAUUAUUACAAUUACAAGUGUUGGAUAUGGUGAUAUAGCACCAAUAACACCAAUGGGUCGUAUAGUUUGUUGUAUAUGUGCAUUAUUUGGUGCUGGAACAAUGGGUAUGCUUGUUUCUGUGCUUGUUGGUCGAUAUGAACAUGUUUAUGUUCGAACAAUAUUUAUGGAUGAAGCAGUAAUUGACUCUUAUGAUUAUCCUGAUAAUGCAAAUGAUGAUAUAGAUUCACAAAAUUUCAAUCAAUCGAUAGAACGUCAGAAAAAUUCGGAAAUUGAAGAUAUUAAUAUUCAAACAGAAGAGAAUGUAAUAAAUGAAAGUAAUACAUUACAAUUUCCUCAAACACUUGAUACACAAAUAAAAGAAGAAAAUUCAAUAGAAUCAACUAAUAAUCAAAUUCAUUUUAUUAUUGGUUAUGUUAAAAAUGAAAAACAAGAAAUAUCAAAUGAUUUCAUAGAAAAAAUUAGAAGUAUUAUUGCAAAUAAACAAACAUCUGAAAAUAAUAUAUCAUUAAGUGUUAUUUCUAAAAAAAAGAAUCAAGCAUCUUUGCCAUUUGAUGUUCAAUUUCAUCUGGAUUCAUCAUCUGAUGAAGAAUCUUAUAUUGAUGACGAUGAUGAAGGUUUAACAGAGAUUCGUUACGAUUAUAAAAGUCAAGGAAGUGUACUUAAAACAUUUCAACGUCGAGUAUCAGAAACUGAUGAUUAA